AUUCUCAACUUGUCAUACACCUUCAUUCCAAUUCCUAGUUUUUUUUCCUAAACAUCUUCAAAUUAAUUCACUAUUCAAUUCUACAAAAUAUGGCAUAUUUGGCAUCAGAAAACUUAGUAGAAAACGAUAGCGCGUUUCUUAUGUCAUUUCUUGAUGAACCUUCGAUGGAAUAUUGCGACGAUGAGAAAUUAAAUUUUUUAAUCCAAUCUCUAGAAGCAGAGAUUGAAUAUCCCAAUGUUAGAGGGGAUUGUAUAUUUGAUGAUGAUAACGUUCAGGAUUUAAAUUUUAUUGAUAAUACAAGUUUGAAUUUCUAUCAUUGUGAUCAAGAUAACGCGUAUACUAAAUCUGUCCUUGAUGACGGCGAAGAUAGCUCAGAAGAGCUAGUUGAUGAUUUUAGUUGGAUGGAUAUGGAAAUGUCAUCUUCAACUAGUCCCAGUAAUAACAACAUGAUUGAAUUUCAAAAUUUUAUAACAUGUAUUCCAAUUGAGGAGGAAGUAUAUGAUUCUCUAUGGCUACAAACUGACUUGUCAAUGGUAGAUAAUAUUAGCCAAUAGUAAUGAGAAACUAAUUAGUUGAAAAUUUUCUUUUCCUUUUUUUCUUUCAGUGUAAAUUAUCUAAUCCAAUUUGGAU